AUGAAACUGUCUCUUUCCAGUCUCCUCCUCUUGCUCCUCAAUUUGGCUCUUUGCGUGUCUUCCGGCCAAGCACUUUCUCUUGAGACAUCCCACGCAGGCCGUCGUUCGCUAUUAGGUUCGGCGUUGAUUGCCGCUUGCGGUGUGGCUGCCUUGCCAUCGUUUGCCGAUGCUGUUGGUUUAGGAAAGGUCGGUGGAGAUCCUUCCGUCUUUUGUGGAACUUACUCGGAUCCCAUCAAUCACCCUGGUGGCAAGCGCACCAUUACCCUGUUGGAAGGCAAGACUGGAGAUUAUCAAUUGGCUCAAGUGCAAGGUGGCGGUGGUAUUGGAGAGCCAGACAACUACAUUUUACCAGCAGUGAUCUUGGGAGACAGGAGUAUCAUUAUUGAUUUUUCAGCAAAGGGUGGGCCCCGUGAUUUUGUGGGGGUAUUGGAUGGCAAGACUAAGGAUAUCAAAUUCCUCAGAGAUGGCAAUCGUUGGCCACGAGUCUCAUAA